AUGGCCGACCCGGCCCCCGCCCGCAGCCUCGACGACAUCGACCUCUCCGCCCUGCGGGACCCUGCCGGCAUCUUUGAGCUGGUGGAGGUGGUGGGCAAUGGGACCUACGGGCAGGUCUACAAGGGCCGCCAUGUCAAGACGGGGCAGUUGGCUGCCAUUAAGGUCAUGGAUGUCACCGAGGAUGAAGAGGAGGAGAUCAAGCAGGAGAUCAACAUGCUGAAGAAGUACUCCCAUCACCGCAACAUCGCCACUUACUAUGGGGCCUUCGUCAAGAAGAGCCCCCCCGGGAAUGACGACCAGCUCUGGCUUGUGAUGGAGUUCUGCGGUGCCGGCUCCGUGACGGACCUGGUGAAGAACACUAAGGGCAACGCGCUGAAGGAAGACUGCAUCGCCUACGUCUGCCGGGAGAUCCUCCGGGGACUGGCUCACCUCCACGCGCACAAGGUGAUCCACCGGGACAUCAAGGGGCAGAACGUGCUGCUCACGGAGAACGCGGAGGUGAAGCUGGUCGACUUCGGGGUCAGUGCCCAGCUGGACCGCACGGUGGGGCGUCGGAACACGUUCAUCGGCACCCCUUACUGGAUGGCACCGGAGGUGAUCGCCUGUGAUGAAAAUCCUGAUGCCACGUACGACUACAGAAGCGACAUCUGGUCCCUGGGGAUCACUGCCAUUGAGAUGGCCGAAGGAGCCCCCCCCCUGUGCGACAUGCAUCCCAUGCGUGCUCUCUUCCUGAUCCCGCGCAAUCCCCCACCCAAGCUGAAGUCCAAGAAAUGGUCCAAGAAGUUCAUCGACUUCAUCGACAACUGCCUGAUCAAAGCCUACCCCAACCGGCCCCCCACGGAGCAGCUGCUCAAGUUCCCCUUCAUCCGCGACCAGCCCACCGAGCGGCAGGUCCGCAUCCAGCUCAAGGACCACAUCGACCGCACCCGCAAGAAGAGGGGGGAGAAGGACGAGACGGAGUACGAGUACAGCGGCAGUGAGGAAGAGGAUGAUGGGCGCGGUGAGGAAGGAGAGCCGAGCUCCAUCAUGAACGUCCCCGGGGAGUCCACCCUACGGAGGGAGUUCCUCCGCCUGCAGCAGGAGAACAAGAGCAACUCGGAGGCCCUGAAGCUGCAGCAGCAGCUGGCCGCCCAGCACCGCGACUCCGAAGCCCACAUCAAGCACCUGCUGCACCAGCGCCAGCGCCGCAUUGAGGAGCAGAAGGAAGAGCGGCGGCGAGUCGAGGAGCAGCAGCGCCGAGAGCGGGAGCAGCGGAAGCUGCAGGGCAAGGAGCACCAGCGGCGCCUGGAGGACCUGCAAGUGAUGCGCCGGGAAGAGGAGCGCCGGCAGGCCGAGCGGGAGCAGGAGUACAAGCGGAAGCAGCUGGAGGAGCAGCGGCAGUCAGAGCGGCUGCAGAGGCAGCUCCAGCAGGAGCACGCCUACCUCAAGUCCCUGCAGCAGCAACAGCAGCAGCAGCAGCAGCAACAGCAACCGAAGCCCCUCUACCACCACAACCGCAGCAGCGCAGCCGCCCCCGAGAAGCCCCCCUGGGCCCGCGAGGUGGAAGAGCGGAGCUGCGUCAACAGGGAGAAUUCGCCCUCGCUGGCCGCCAAGGCCAAGCUGGGGGGCACCGGGCAAGACUCUUCCGCCCAGCCCUGUGCCGAGCCGGGGUCCCUGGCCUCGUCCUCACAGACGCCCCCCAUGCAGCGCCCUGUCGAGCCCCAGGAGGGGCAGCACAAGAGCCACCUGGCCCAUCGCGUCCCGCUCAAACCAUACGCUGCCCCCGUCCCCCGCUCCCAGUCGCUGCAGGACCAGCCCAGCAAGAACAUGGCUGCCUUCCCUGUCCAUGACUCCGCCUCCUCCUCCGCCCCGCCCCCUCCUCGCGGGGGCAUGAUCCGGCAGAACUCUGACCCCACUUCCGAGGGGCCUGCCCCACAGCCCUCCCGGCCGACUGCCGACCAGCGAGGACCUUGGGUCAAAAUGGACCCCGAUGGCCCUCCCCAGGUGCCCCAGCGGACGUCCUCCAUAGCAACCGCCCUCAACACGAGUGGAGUGACCGGCGGCAGCAGCACGCGGCCGGUCCACGCUGUCCGAGCCAGCAACCCCGACCUCCGCAGGAGUGACCCCGGCUGGGAGCGCGGGGACAGCCUGCUGCAGUCGGGGGCCGCCAACCUGCCCCAGGCAGGCUCCCUGGAGCGCAACCGCGUGGCAGCUCCCCUGAAGCUGGAGGGCUCCCCCAUCCUGUCCCAAGGCAGGAAGGCCAAGGCGGACGACCAUCGCUCGCGGCCGGGGAGACCAGCCAGCUAUAAGCGGGCAAUUGGUGAGAAUUUCGUCCUGCUCAAGGAGCGCCCGGAGGAGGCGGCCCCCAAGCCGCUGAAGAAGGCCCUGGACUACUCCUCCUCCAGUGAAGAGGUCGACUCCAGCGAGGAAGAGGAGGAGGAGGAGGAGGAGGAAGAGGCGGGCGAGGGGGAGCACUCGGAGCCUGGCACGAGCACCCCCGGGGCCAGGGACGGCGACACGGAUUCGGUGAGCACCAUGGUGGUGCACGACGUGGAGGACCUGACGGGUGGCAGCGGGGGCUCCGAGAGCUCCUACGGCGAGGGCACCAUGCUGGUGCAGCGGACCCCCGAGGAGGAGCGUGGCCUCCUGCACAGCGACAGCAACGGCUACACCAACUUGCCUGACGUGGUUCAGCCCAGCCACUCUCCCACGGAAGCCAAGAGCAGCAACGGAUCCUCCUCUCCCACCAAGGAGGUGGCCUCUGACUACCAGUCGCGGGGGCUGGUCAAGGCUCCGGGCAAGAGCUCCUUCACCAUGUUUGUGGACCUGGGCAUCUAUCAAAGCUCCCCUGGGGGAGGAGACACCAUCCCCAUCACGGGUGAGUGGGGGGGGAGGUUCUUGGCAGGAGGAGAUGGGCGCCCGCUUGGCCAGCUGCAGCUGGAGGCCCGGAAGGGCUCCGUGGUCAACGUGAACCCUGCCAACACAAGGCCCCACAGUGACGCCCCGGAGAUCCGCAAGUACAAGAAGCGCUUCGGCUCGGAGAUCCUCUGCGCGGCCCUCUGGGGGGUCAACCUGCUGGUGGGCACUGAGAACGGGCUGAUGCUGCUGGACCGCAGCGGGCAGGGCAAGGUCUACGGCCUCAUCAACCGCCGGCGCUUCCAGCAGAUGGACGUCCUGGAGGGUCUGAACCUGCUGACCACCAUCUCAGGAAAGAGGAACAAGCUGCGGGUCUAUUACCUCUCCUGGCUGCGCAACAAGAUUUUGCACAACGACCCGGAAGUGGAGAAGAAGCAAGGCUGGACCACCGUGGGGGACCUGGAGGGCUGCCUCCACUACCGCGUGGUGAAGUACGAGCGGAUCAAGUUCCUGGUGAUCGCGCUGAAGAGCUCAGUGGAGGUCUACGCCUGGGCCCCCAAACCCUACCACAAGUUCAUGGCCUUCAAGUCCUUCGCCGACCUGCCGCACCGGCCGCUGCUGGUGGAGCUGACGGUGGAGGAAGGGCAACGGCUGAAGGUCAUCUACGGCUCGUGUGCCGGAUUCCAUGCCAUUGAUGUGGACUCCGGAAACAACUACGACAUCUACAUCCCGGUCCACAUCCAGUCCCAGAUCACCCCACACGCCAUCGUCUUCCUGCCCAACACGGACGGGAUGGAGAUGCUGCUUUGCUACGAGGACGAGGGCGUCUACGUCAACACCUACGGGCGCAUCAUCAAGGACGUGGUCCUGCAGUGGGGGGAGAUGCCCACCUCCGUGGCGUACAUCUGCUCCAAUCAGAUCAUGGGCUGGGGCGAGAAGGCCAUCGAAAUCCGCUCGGUGGAGACGGGGCACCUGGAUGGCGUCUUCAUGCACAAGCGGGCCCAACGGCUGAAGUUCCUGUGCGAACGCAACGACAAGGUCUUCUUCGCCUCCGUGCGCUCCGGGGGCAGCAGCCAGGUCUACUUCAUGACCCUGAACAGGAACUGCAUCAUGAACUGGUGA